UUUUUCCUUUCAUUUUUGGUCCGUCAAGGUUGAACUGAACUGGGGAAGCUCCGAUGGCCGAGAUCAAAGCAGAUACGACUCACCAACACAAUGUUUCUGUACCGGAAGACGAUGUGCCUGUUCAAAAGCUUCAGAAACCAAAACGCGUGGCUUCUCUGGACAUCUUCCGUGGUCUUACCGUUGCGUUGAUGAUUUUGGUGGACGAUGCUGGCGGCGAAUGGCCUAUGAUUGGCCAUGCACCAUGGAAUGGUUGCAAUCUCGCCGACUUUGUAAUGCCCUUCUUUUUGUUCAUUGUGGGGAUGGCUAUUGCACUUGCUCUAAAGAGAAUCCCCGACCAGUUAGGUGCCAUCAAAAAGGUGAUUCUGAGAACUCUGAAACUCCUGUUCUGGGGUCUUCUAUUGCAAGGUGGUUUCUCACAUGCUCCCGACGAGCUAACAUAUGGUGUAGACAUGAAAGAGAUAAGGUGGUGUGGAAUUCUCCAGAGAAUUGCUCUUGCUUAUCUGGUUGUAGCUGUAUUGGAAAUCUUUUCAAGAGAUUCGCAAGUGGAGGAUCUUCCGCCUGGGUGGUUCUCUAUAUUCAAGUUAUACUUUUGGCAUUGGAUUGUGGGAGCAGGUGUUCUUGUUGUGUACUUGGCUGCACUUUAUGGGACAUAUGUUCCUGAUUGGCAAUUCAUUGUCCAGAAUAAAGAUAGUAUCAAUUAUGGCAAGAGCUUCAAUGUAGCAUGCGGUGUGAGGGGAAAUCUGGACCCACCUUGUAAUGCAGUAGGAUACAUAGACAGAAAAGUCCUGGGACUCAGUCACAUGUAUCGCCAUCCAGCUUGGAGAAGAUCUGAAGCUUGCACCGAGAACUCCCCAUAUGAAGGGCCUUUCCGGAAGGAUGCUCCCUCAUGGUGCUAUGGUCCUUUUGAACCUGAAGGAAUUUUAAGCUCUAUAUCUGCUAUUCUUUCCACAAUCAUUGGACUGCAUUUUGGGCAUGUGCUUAUCCAUUUGAAGGGCCAUCAAGAAAGACUGAAGCACUGGAUCUCGAUGGGUUCUGUUCUCGUCGUCUCAGGAAUUAUUCUUCACUUCACAGAUGCAAUUCCUUUAAAUAAACAAUUGUACACUCUUAGCUAUAUUUGUGUGACAUCUGGAGCGGCAGCACUGGUGUUCUCAUCCUUCUACAUAAUGGUUGAUAUCUCAAAUUUCAGGUACGUAUUCUUGCCACUGGAGUGGAUUGGCAUGAACGCCAUGCUUGUCUACGUAAUGGCAGCGGCAGGCAUUUUUGCGGGAUUCGUUAAUGGGUGGUAUUAUGAUGACCCCCAUAAUGCACUAAUAUAUUGGAUCAAAAAGCAUAUUUUCAUCGGAGUCUGGCAUUCAAGAAGGGUAGGCAUAUUGCUCUAUGUCAUCUUUGCAGAAAUUCUGUUUUGGAGCAUUGUCUCUGGCAUUUUGCAUCGUCUUGGCAUAUAUUGGAAGCUUUGAACCCUUUUAAUUUUCAUAUGUUUAUCUUCUUGAAAAAUAAAAUAAAAAAUAAAAAGAAGCAAAAGUAAAAACUUUUGGCAACUUAAAAGUUUGCUACUACUAGACAUUUACAGGACCUGUGGCUGUUCGGUUGAAUAAACACUCCUGCCAUUCUGCAAUAUCUUGUAUAUAUUUCUAUCAAUUGGCAGUAACCAUCAAUUUGUAAAUUUACUUGAGAUUUCUUAUUAAACUUGUGAUUAUUAAGAUCACUUGAAGAAAGUUGGACCUUCUUUUAUCUCUC